UUCACCAAAAUACGCCGUCCUGCGCUGCGUUUUAAGUCUUUUGUCUGUUUUUUUUCUUCCUCAGAAGUCAAAUUUAUAACAGAAGGGCCUGGCCGGGUUUCGAAAUGUCAGGAGGUGUUUGGUCAGCUCUUAUUUAGCCAACAGUCUCGGCCCGUACGGACUCACGCCGGUCGACAUACGAGUGAAAACGGCGAACAUGGACGACUGCGCCGCGGCGCCGCCGCCGCUGUUCACGUUCGGCGUGAUCGCGGACAUCCAAUACGCCGACAUAGACGACGGCUUCAAUUACAAGCGGACGCGGAAGCGGUACUACAGAAGCAGCCUCCAGCUGCUGCAAAACGCGCAGAGAGCCUGGUCGUCGCCGUCAGCCGUCAAGCCCGCGUUCAUCCUACAGCUGGGAGACGUCAUCGACGGCCUCAAUAAGAGGGACGACGCGUCGGACCGAGCGCUGGCGGCCGUGAUGAGCGAGCUCAGCUCCGGCCCGGCGGAGGUGCAUCACGUGUGGGGCAACCACGAGUUCUAUAACUUCAGCAGGGACGCGCUGCUGCGUUCGGAGCUCAACAGCACGUCGGGAUCCCGCCACUCCGGCGCCCUGGACGGUGGUAUAUACGCCUAUCAUUUCAGCCCGGCCCCCAGGUUCCGAUUCGUCGUGCUGGACGCCUAUGACGUGAGCCUCCUGGGGAGAGACGAGUGCAGCGUCGAAUACACUAAUGCGCUGAAUAUUUUACAGGCACACAACAAGAACGAAGAUCUCAACCAUCCUCCAGCAUCUGGGGGUCUGGAGCAGAGGUUUGUCAAGUUCAAUGGAGGCUUCAGUAAGGACCAGCUAGAUUGGCUGGCUGAGGUUCUGUCUCUGGCUGACGAGAAAGGCGAAAAAGUCACUGUUGUCAGUCACCUCCCUGUACACCCCAGCUCUACAGAUCCCAUCUGCCUUUCCUGGAACUAUGAUGAGCUUCUGGCCGUGCUGCAGUCCCAUACUAGUGUGGUGUGUUUCAUGGCUGGACACGAUCAUGAUGGUGGAUACCACAGAGAUAAAGAUUCAGGAGUACACUACCUCACAUUGGAGGGAGUCAUUGAGACUCCCCCUGACACCAAUGCUUUUGGCACAGUCUCUGUGUAUGAAGACAGAAUGGUCCUUAAAGGGAAUGGAAGAAUAGUGGAUAGAGAGCUUUUAUUCCCAUGAUGCCAAAAGCACAAAGAUAGAUAAAUAAAUAAUUAAUUUGAGUUUGCACGGACGUGAAGCAAAUUAAGUUGCAAUAAAACUAAAAUUAAAACUGAUGGCAUGACAAUGCGUUACAGAUGCACUGACACUUUCUGUCGUGUUGUGGCCAAGAUGAGCUCUAACAUGACAAUGAAUGCAAGUUGCAAAACACCCAUACCUCGUUUCUUGGUGGCUUGAAUUAUUGAUGGCACUGUAUCCUCCCAUUUAGUUUUCUUGAAAUUCGGAAUGGUU